AUGAGUGAAUUUAAACGAUUGGGUAUCAAGACACCGUUACGUCCAAGUCGUUAUACCUUACGCAUCUACGAUAAGAGCUUGGUUAAAAUUGCUGGCUACGUACCUGUUCGAGUCGAAUAUGAUGGGAAAGAGUAUAAACUCAUUCUACGAGUUGUGCAUGGCGAUUAUGAUAGUGUAAUUGGACGUGAUUGGAUUUUUCCUAUGCAACUCGAUAUUCGUCAACUGAAUGCAGAAAUAGCACCGAUUCAUAAAAUCGAUAUUGACCUAAAUGCUGAGAUCGAUAAAUUGGUGUCAGAAUUUGCUGAUAUUUUUGGCGAUAGUCCGGGACGCUUACCUGGUGAACCAGUAUCGUUUAAACUGUGUGCUGAUGCCAAUCCUAUUUUUUGCCGUGCGCGUAGUGUUCCAUAUGCGCUGCGGGAUGCAGUAAACGAAGAAAUUGAUCGUCUGGUUCGUGAGAAAAUCUAUACGCCAACUGAAACCUCCGAGUGGGCAACACCUAUAGUUCCGGUGGUUAAAUCAAAUGGUUCUGUGCGACUUACCGGUGAUUAUAGUGUGACGUUGAACAAAUAUAUCAUACCGGAAGAAUACCAAAUUCCGAAUUCCGAAGAAAUGCUUAUGGAACUCGAGGGUAUACUGUUUGCAAAGUAUGAUAUUGUUGAAGCGUAUAUGCAUAUGGGAGUUACCGCAGAAUGCGCUAAAUUACUGGCGGUGAACACACCCAAAGGUGUCCAUCUCGUAAAUUGCCUUAAUUAUGGUAUUCAGUGCGCUCCAUCGAAAUUUCAACGAAGAUUGGAAGAAAUAAUUCGAAAAAUACCCGGUUUUAAAAAUUUUUUUGAUGAUAUUCGUCAAGCAUCAAAGACACCGGAAGAACAUUUACAACGAAUGCGUAUGUUUUUCGAAGUUUGUCGUACAAAUAAUCUGCGAUUGAAUAAACAAAAAUGCGUGUUUGUCACUGAUAAGCUCAACUACCUUGGUUACACCAUUGAUGCGAAUGGAUUGCAUAAAACGACCGAAAAAGUUGAUCUUAUUUUGAAUAUUCCACAACCAACGAAUUUGGAUGAAUUGCAGUCGUUCAUUGGUUUAGUUGGUUAUUAUUCCAAAUUUAUACCGAAUUUCAGUGAUAUCGCUCAUCCACUGAACCAGUUGCGCCGGAAAAACGUUCCUUUUGUAUGGUCGAAUGCUUGCGAAAUGGCUUUUUGCAAAUUAAAAGAAGAAAUUGCCAGUGACCGAGUGCUGUGUCAUUACAAUCCGGCGAAAGAGCUGAUAUUAUCGACAGAUGCUUCACCAUUUGCAUUAGGUGCGGUACUAAGUCAUCGUUUUGCUGAAGGAGAAAGGCCAAUUGCUUUUGUCUCAAGAACGUUGACCGAGACAGAAUCGAGGUAUAGCCAAUUGGACAAGGAGGCUUUGGCCAUUUAUUGGGGAAUGAAAAAGUUCUUUAAUUACCUGUAUGGUAGGCCUUUUACCUUGAUAACUGAUUGCAAACCGCUACUGUCAAUAUUUGCGCCGUCAGCUGCCAAACCUGCGUUAAGUGCGAAUCGUUUGCUUCAUUACGCACUUUUCCUUCAAGGAUUCAACUACAAGGUCAUCUAUCGUCGCUCUUCUGAACACAUAAAUGCUGAUUUUGCUUCUCGCCAUCCGCAUCAGAUUGCUAAUGCAUCACAAAUUGAUGUACCUACAUGGUCUCACAUAAAUACUAUCAAUGUGUUACCUGUAAAUGCGGAAAUGAUCGCGGAAGCUACGUUGUUAGAACCCUCAUCAGCAUCCUUAAUUGCCCAGCUGAGAGGGGAAGAGCGGUGUACGUUAAAACCGAGUGAAUUAGCUCAAUAUUCUCUACAUGGUAAUUGCAUCAUGAAAAAUGACUGUGUGUAUAUACCUGCAUCUUUACGCAAGCCUGUGUUAGCUGAAUUACAUCGAGGUCACUGCGGCAUCGUUCGGUGUAAACAGUUAGCUAGGAGUUAUGUCUACUGGCCUAAAAUUGAUCGAGACAUUGAAGAAAUGGUAUCUGCGUGUCCGACCUGCGUUAAAAAGGAUCCGCCUAAAGAACCAUUUCACCCUUGGCAAAAUCCGAAUGCUCCAUGGUUGCGCAUCCAUGCGGAUAUUGGUCAAGUUGGCAAUACAUACUUGCUAGUUAUUGUUGAUGCAUCUUCGAAGUGGCCUGAGGGUUACGUAUUACACUCGACAACAUCUCAGAGAAUAAUUGCAUGCUUCGAAGAUACUUUUGCUCGAUUUGGGUUACCUGCGACCUUGGUCACCGAUAAUGGGCCUCAAUUUGCUGCCACUGAAUUUGCCGAAUUUGUUCGAAGAAAUGGUAUCAACCAUGUUUUUUCACCUCCGUACUGCCCUUACUCCAAUGGCCAAGCAGAACGAUUUAUUCAAAUUGUUAAACGAGGUAUUGCAGCUGAUCAAGUUGGUAGUAUGGAAGAACGUUUACAAAGAGUACUUUUUGCUUAUCGACGAAAUAAGUGCUCAUCUACUGGUAAAUCACCUGCUGCUGCGAUGUUGGGUCGAGAAUUGCGAACUCAUUUAGACCUGGUUAAACCUACGAAUGCUCCUGAAACAUCAACCAUUCCUGCUCGUCGUUCGUUCAACGUUAAUGAAAAGGUACAACUGCGUAUGUACAAUAAUCGACAGAAAUGGAUCAAUGGUGUAGUACUGCAGAAAUUAGGAGAAGUGGUUUAUCUGGUCAAAGAUGAAUCUAACCAGACCCAUAAACGUCAUAUUAAUCAACUAAGACGAGCUGCAGUUCCAAAAGCCAAUCCAAUACCUAUUUCGAUAUUUUCGGAUCCUGCAUCAAGAUCAAAUGAGAAUAUUCCUGCGCCGCGUACGCCUCAAUCUGCACCGCGUACGCCUCCACCAGCGCCGAUGCGUCGUUCCGAGCGAGAGCGUCACGCGCCCUUGCGUUAUUCUCCUUAG